AUGUCAGCUCAUCAAUCAAUGGCCGUCACAGAAUACUGCUCGUCAUUCACUGGUCGCAACCUUCGCUGGGAAGCGCUGGCAAAUAUAUUCCCUGUGUGUGGACAGGAACUCGUGAUUCUUCCAGAUAAUGAUCCUGAGGUUGCUCAAAUUACUGAGGGUCCACGGGGGAAGGAGCGACUCUUGGAACAGGUGUUGCAAGCCACUAAUGUUUGUCUUGGUUUCUGUGACCAAGCUUCGUCGGCCAAUGAGUUGUUGGCAUACCUACAAUAUAACGAUAUCAUGCUCCAGACACAACAGUAUGGAGAUACAAGCUACAAAGCAUGGCGUCGGUUGGGCGAUUUGGUCGCGACAAUCUACGCUGCGGGGAUUCAUCUUGACACUGACAGCGAGAGUUGCCCGUUCUUUCUUCGACAGUGGCGCAGAGGCUGCUUUAUCUCUGCUUUCUAUGUAGACAAAAUGAUGGCGACGUUUGUUGGCCGGCCGCCACUUAUGAAUUAUCGAUAUUGCAGUCUGGUCCCUCCACUAGAUCUAAGUGACGACGUCCUUGUUGCUGGAGGGGAUUCUCUUAAUAAAGCAAUUUCAGAACUUGAUGAAAACGGCUGGGAAACCCAAAAUAUGAAACACCGGAUUUCAUCGUCAAGACUGAGGUUCUUUCUUGCUGUUGCUAGAGAGAAAACUCUUGAUAUCGCAUUAGGGGCACCCGAAAUUCACGAUCUUGUCAGCAGAUCAAAUGAAAUUGAACUAAGUGUGCGAGAUGUGUGGAAUGCAGCGCCAGACCAUCUCAGAUAUGACCGACGACAGAACGACGAUUUCCAAAUCACGACCGUCUAUCUAUAUCUUAAUUAUCUCUACUCCUGCUUCCUCCUUAAAAGAGCUCUGAUAAAGCACACCAACACCGGACAAGAUGCACUCUGUGAUGUAUCCCGGCGGGUUCUUGCCAUUGUCAUUACAAUUACCUCGCAGCGGAAUCCCAUGGUGGAUCUUGAUAGGCAUUAUUCCUGGAUUGCCCUCACAUAUGGCCUUCCAAGUGCCAGUGUUCUUCUUGUUGAGCUGCUGCACCAGUCCCAUGAGCCCGGUCCCCAUGCUGUCGUCCUCCCCCGUGCUGAACUGAUCCGUAAUAUCAGUGUGUUUAUCUCACUACUUUCUUGGAUAUCAAGGCCUGGCCAUGGAAACUACCAGACUUGUAAAGACGCAGAAAAAAAGUUGUCUCGCAUUCUCGACCACCUACUGGAUCCCCAGCCUGUCCAGGCAGAUAUGGUCCAUGAUGCUACUUCAGGUCUGUCUAGCUUUCUGGACUGGUCGAACUACAAUUCUUGGGAUUUCAAUUCGGAGUAUUUCCCUGGCGUUGAUGUACUUGCGCCGUGA